GUAAGAAAGAGGAGAAUAAUAAAACGGGGGGAAAAAAAAGAGAGAGAGAGAGAGAGAAAAAAAAAAGAGAGGCCAUCAAAUCAUCAUCUUGUUCAGUCCACCAACAAUAUCCUUUCCCACCCAUCCACCAUUUCCAUGGCCACCGUAUUCUCUCCCUCAGCCCUCCUCUCCUCCUCCUCCUCCUCCUCCUCCUCCUCCUCCGCCGCCAGCAGGCCACCACAAGCCCAUCUCCCACCCAAACCACAACAAUUGACCCUUCCCCCAAUCCACAAACCUCUCGCCAGAGCCUUAACUGCCACCCUAGCUGCAGCCACUCUAGCAGCAGCCACAGCCACGGCGGCACCUCCUUCGCUAGCUGAGACCACCUACCAACUCUACUAUGGCACUGCUGCCAGUGCCGCCAACUACGGCGGCUACGGUGGGAACUCCAGCAAGAAGGACUCGGCCGAGUACGUUUAUGACGUGCCGGAUGGGUGGAAAGAGAGAUUAGUCUCAAAGGUGGAAAAAGGCACUAAUGGAACUGACAGCGAGUUCUAUAACCCGAAGAAGAAGUCGGAGAAGGAAUACCUCACUUUCCUUGCUGGGUUUCGGCAACUGGCUCCUAAGGAUGUCGUGUUGAAUAACUUGGCGCUCUCUGAUGUUGAUCUGCAGGAUUUGAUAGCCAGUGCAGACGCUAUCAACUCGCAGGAGAAGACGGACGAGAGGGGGCAGGUUUAUUAUGUGUACGAGAUCGAUGGAGCUGCCGCUCACAGUCUGAUCUCGGUUACCUGUGCCAAGAACAAGCUUUACGCUCACUUUGUGAAUGCACCGACACCGGAGUGGAGUCGGGACAAGGACAUGUUGAGGCACAUUCAUGAGUCCUUUAAGACUGUUGGGUCGUUUUAGUCGGUCAAUCUAUUGGAAUUUGGAUUGGGUUGCAAGUAUAUAUUAUUGGGAUGAUGGAGAUGAGAUGAGGGAGGAGAAGAGUGACUGUUGUAUGUACACAUGGGGAUGGGAAUGGGAGUUUAAAACAGAACUAAUCAAUUAGCAGUCUGUUUUCGGAAUCUGGCCGAGGUUUUGUCGAGUCUGGUAAUCAACCGUGGUCUGGUCUAUCUUCUUUAUAAUCCGAAAUGUAACUGCAUGCGGGGCUAUCAUACUUUGUGUUGUGCCCUGCUCUGCUCUGCUCUCUCGGAGACAAAAGGAUUGAAGGUAGCAACUAGCAAUAAGCAAUGGCAGAAAGAGGCCUUUCCGUUUCCAA